AUGCACAGGCAGUACGGACGCCACUGGUGGUGGCUCUCCUUCCUGCUCGUCUAUGUCUUUCAACACGUCCUCCUGGUGGGUCUCACCCUGCCGCUCUACGCAGUACACGCCUCUUCCACUCCCUUCUCCCCUCUCGACCUCCUAGCAGCCGCUCUCGCCCUCGCAGGCAUCCUCACUGCAACAGUAGCCGACACUCAACUGCACGCUUUCAUGACCAACAACGACCGCCUGAGAGCAGCAGGCAAGCCCCCGGUUCUGCUGCUUGACUCGGGCAUCUGGCGUUACUCCCGGCACCCGAAUUAUUUCGGCGAGCAGCUUUUCUGGUGGGCGCUGGCGCUGUUUGGGUGGAAUGCGGGGAGGGGGUGGACGGUGGUGGGCACGGUGGUGAAUUCGCUGUGCAUGGUUGCGGUGACGGUGCUGGUGGAGAAGAGGAUGAGGGGUAAGGUGGAGCGGCGGGCGUUGUUUGAAGCGUAUUGUGCCCGGACGUCAGUGUGGGUACCGUGGUUUGCGGGCAAGCAAAGCAAGGCAGAGUAA